AUGUGUCGAUUCUUGGUCUAUAAGGGGAGGAAUGAUAUCCUACUAAGCAAGUUGAUAACCGAACCCAGUCACUCUAUUCUAACCCAAUCUUAUGAUUGUCGGUUGAGAUUGGAUACACGACGACCGGUAAAUGGCGAUGGAUUCGGCGUUGGAUUCUAUACUUCCCCGGAGCUCGGACCGGAACCCUGCAUUUUCACUUCGACCCUUCCCGCCUGGAAUUGCGACAACCUUGAACGAAUUGCAUCGAAAACAUGCUCAUCACUUGUGUUUGCACAUGUGCGAGCAACAACUGAGGGAUCUCUAGCGGAGAACAAUUGUCAUCCAUUUCAGCACAAUACUCUUAUGUGGAUGCACAACGGAAACCUUGGAGGAUGGUACCAUAUAAAACGACCACUUGGCGAUUCACUGGCGAACAAAUGGUAUCUGGGCGUCAAGGGAGGAACCGACAGUGAAUGGGCAUUUGCUCUUUUCUUGGAUCUGAUGGAAAAGGAAGGAGUUGAUCCUAGCUCAGCGCCAGAGGGAGGAUUUGGCCCUGAACUGUUGAGAGGAGUGAUGACCAAAACGAUCCGGAAAAUCAACGAAUUUAUCGCUGCCAUCCCUAAGGAAUAUGCCAUGACCGAUCUCGAGGUGAGAAGUCUCCUCAACUUUGCGGUAACGGAUGGACAUUCUGUUAUUUGCACCCGGUAUGUGAGCAGCAAAACAGACGAGGCUGCCAGCUUGUACUUUUCAUCAGGCACCAAAUGGAAAGAAGGCAAGGUCAAAGGUGAUUUUAAGAUGGAAAGGCACGACAAGGGAGCCGACAUUGUCCUGGUAGCCAGUGAACCGCUCACAUUUGAAAGGCAUAAUUGGGUCACUGUUCCCACAAACUCUAUUCUCACUAUCCACAAACAAAAUGUCCUCAUCCACCCCAUCAUAGACGAAUUCUAUGACGGAGACCCAAAUCAUGACAGGUCGUCUGGGUUCGCUGUCUCAAAGGGUUUGGUUAGCAAAGCUCCUGGAACCACCGUUGCACCUGAAGGUGAAGGUGUUCCCAGAGUCAAUGGAGCGGCAAAUACUAUCAUAACUGCUUGUGGAGCUAGACGAGAGAUAGACAGUCCAAGCCUGGAAAUGCACCGGAAUGCCGGUGGGGUCGCCCUUCCAUCUUAG